AUGAGUGUCCAUCGACACACGCCAUCUUCAACACGCCGUCAAAGUAAAAUCACAAUAGAAUAUCAUCGUCCUUCAAGAGAGAGCGUUCAAGAAUACACGGAUCUACUAGCGGACCCAGCUCUAGCUGCUGCUACAGUAGCUCAAGCGGCUACUUACAGUUACAAAGAUCCUUAUUCAACAAGUUCUUUGCCUUCAUUAACUCCUUCUCGCUCUGCACCACAACCACCAUCAACCCGCAGUAAAACACCAAUCGAUCCCUCUUCGCCAAAAGUUAGGAAUAGUCUUCACAAAGCACAGUCAAGAGGAAGGAAACAUAGCCUUUCAGCUCCAGAUCCUUUCGCUGCAGCUCCAAUAAAACAACAAAUGUCUCCUGCUCCUCCUACUCGUCCAAGUAGAGCAAACACCGCAACUCUGAACGAUAUCUUCACAAGCAGUAGCCCCAUCGCAACACGUCGUUUAUCAGUACCAAUCACAGAUACUCCAUACACUUCAGAGCCAGUCGACAUCCUACCCGAUCUACCCGCAAUCACAAGCACAAAUUCCGGUACUCGCAGUCGUAGUGCCACUACCGUAAAGCUCAAAAAGGGUGGCAUGCUAGGCGGCAUGUUCGACUUCCUUGCUCCUUCAAAGCGUCCAGAAAUCAGCACUCCUUACGAUCCUGUUCACCUCACACACGUUGGUUUUAACUCUUCUACAGGCGAGUUCACAGGUCUCCCAAAGGAAUGGCAGCAGCUACUCCAAGAAUCUGGUAUCAGCAGGAGCGAACAAGAAAAGAACCCCCAGGCAGUUAUGGAAAUCGUAAAGUUCUAUCAAGAAGGAAGAGGCGACGUAUGGGACAAGAUGGGUGCCGUAGGCGUUGAGCAAUCCACAAGUGCCAACGAAGGUUUCGUUAACCCACGCAACGCCCCUCAACCACCCAAAAAGCCCGUUCCCUCCCCUUCCAUUCCCUAUGCCCCAUCACCCGCCACGACCCCCAUCCGCCCAGCACCCGCCCUUCCAGCAGCAGCACUCGACCGCAGCACAUCCCAACGAGCUCCCCCCAAAUCAUCUAAAUCCCAGGACCUGGGACGUGCCAACACAACCAUGACCCGGGUCCGAUCCCCCAGCAUCGGCACCAGUCAGACUGAUCUCAGCACCAAAGGCCAAAGAGACCGCGACCGGGAUCGUGACCGUGACCGUGACCGUGAAAGAGAACGUGAAAGGGAUCGUGACCAGCCCAAGCCCGCACCACAACCCCCACAACCCCCAACCCUCGCAAAGCAAGCUGGCAUCGCUACCCCGCGUCGCAGAGAGAAAAAGGGCGGCGGUGACAAGGAAGAUGAUAUCAUUAAGCGGCUGCAGCAGAUAUGCACCGAUGCGGAUCCGACUAAGCUAUACCGAAACCUCGUCAAGAUCGGGCAAGGUGCCUCUGGAGGCGUGUACACAGCAUACCAAGUUGGCACCAAUUUAUCAGUCGCGAUCAAGCAAAUGGACCUGGAUAAACAACCCAAGAAAGACCUCAUCAUCAACGAGAUCCUCGUCAUGCGCGCUUCUCGACACCCGAACAUCGUAAACUACAUCGACUCGUUUUUGCACAAGAACGAUCUUUGGGUUGUGAUGGAGUAUAUGGAGGGCGGGAGCUUGACAGAUGUUGUUACUGCGAACUUAAUGACAGAGGGCCAGAUUGCUGCUGUGAGUAGGGAGACGUGCCAGGGGUUGGAGCAUCUCCAUCGCCAUGGCGUUAUUCAUAGGGAUAUCAAGAGUGAUAACGUGUUGUUGAGCCUUGGAGGGGAUAUUAAACUCACGGACUUUGGGUUCUGCGCACAGAUUUCAGAUCCUGCGAGCUCAAAGCGCACGACGAUGGUAGGCACGCCUUAUUGGAUGGCUCCGGAGGUGGUGACGAGGAAAGAGUACGGACCCAAGGUUGAUAUCUGGAGUUUGGGGAUCAUGGCCAUCGAAAUGAUAGAAGGCGAACCCCCAUAUCUCAACCAAAACCCACUUAAAGCGCUCUAUUUGAUCGCUACGAACGGAACGCCUACGAUUGCGAACCCCGAGGCACUUUCGUCAGUAUUUAGUGAUUAUCUUGCAAAGACGUUGGAAGUGGACGCUGAGAAACGGCCUACGGCGAGUGAGUUGUUGCAGCAUCCAUUCUUUAAACAGUGCGAACCGCUCCGCACGCUUUCACCGCUUAUCAAAGCUGCGCGGGAGAUCGCUAAGAACAAGUGA